CAGAGGGGGCACACAGAGAGGGGAAGAUCGGCAGCCUGCGAUCCCUCCGCCACAUCGCAUCUCGAUCUCCCCGGCGUCGCCGCCGCCUUCGCCCUCGCCGGCCGGGGAAUUCGCCAUGAACUAUAUCAUCGGAGCAUUCAAGCCGCCCUGCGACACCUCGAUCACAUUCGCCGAAGCGAGAGGCAGGAAACAGGUUUCGGUUAAGAAGGACAAUGGGAAAACAACCAUGGUUCCUGUUUUCCAGAGCAUGGAAACGAUAUCUGGGGAGGUGUCAAUAGCACCUGUCCCGGGUAAAAGGAUUGAACACACGGGUGUCAAGAUUGAGUUGCUGGGUCAAAUAGAGCUGUAUUUUGACCGAGGAAACUUCUAUGAUUUCACUUCGCUAGUGCGUGAGUUGGAAAUUCCUGGUGAAAUCUAUGAAAGAAAAACAUACCCCUUUGAAUUUUCUUCUGUUGAAAUGCCAUACGAGUCUCACAACGGAACAAAUGUCAGACUGAGGUAUAUUUUGAAGGUGACAAUUGGCCGAAACUAUGUUGGCAAUAUUGUGGAAUACCGGGAUUUCUAUGUAAGGAACUACUCCCCAGCCCCUACAAUCAAUAACAGUAUCAAGAUGGAAGUAGGAAUUGAGGACUGCUUACAUAUUGAGUUUGAAUACAACAAAAGCAAGUACCAUCUGAAUGAUGUCAUCAUAGGGAAGAUAUAUUUUCUUCUUGUCAGAAUAAAGAUAAAGAACAUGGAGUUGGAGAUCCGUCGUCGGGAAUCUACAGGAUCAGGCUCUAAUACAUUUGUUGAAACUGAGACCCUUGCGAAAUUUGAGUUGAUGGAUGGUGCUCCUGUCAGAGGAGAAUCUAUUCCAGUUAGGCUGUUCUUGACACCGUAUGAGCUGACCCCAACUUACCGCAACAUAAACAACAAAUUCAGCGUCAAGUACUACCUUAACCUAGUUCUUGUGGAUGAGGAAGAUCGGAGGUACUUCAAGCAGCAGGAGAUCACGAUCUAUCGUCUUCUAGAUACUCCCCAAGCUUCCUAGGUUCGGAAUUUGAGCGGCAUGUUGAUAUUCCAGGUUUUUUUAACGCGAGCUAGCUUAGAUUCAUGUCUAUAUGUAUAUAAUCCAGAAGAGUGCUGCAGCACACCACUGCUACUGAAGCUGCACUUUGGAUCGACCGCGUUGUUUCUAUAUCUUCGUGCAGUCCUUUGGAUUAGAUGGGGUAGUUGUGUAUUACCUAUUUAUUUUGUUUCUCUUUUGCCAAGACACCUGACAAGAUCAUGCUCGUUGACAUCCUCUUCAGAAUCUUUGGUUCUAGUCAUUUUAAGUUUGGUAAUAAUGUAAUAUGUUUCAUGUAGUACUUUCUGUCUAUAUCUCAAGAGGAAGAUCUUUCACUUACCUUA